GCCUUAAUCUGUGUUGGGCCCUCUAUAUUGCCCUUCCAUCCCCCUUCUUGAUUUUCUACAUUUAAAAGAUUUCAACCUCGCAGCUCGCACGCUCUCAUCAUUUUCCUCCGGGACCGUCAGUCUCCCGAGAAAAAGAAAAGCUCAAGAGAGAAGACCAUGGCCGAUCAACUUACGGACGAUCAGAUCUCUGAGUUCAAGGAGGCUUUCAGCCUUUUUGACAAGGAUGGCGAUGGUUGCAUUACUACCAAGGAGCUGGGGACUGUGAUGCGAUCACUUGGUCAGAACCCUACUGAGGCAGAACUCCAAGAUAUGAUCAAUGAAGUUGAUGCUGAUGGAAAUGGGACCAUUGAUUUUCCUGAAUUCCUUAACCUAAUGGCAAGGAAGAUGAAGGAUACUGAUUCCGAGGAAGAACUUAAAGAGGCUUUCAGGGUGUUUGACAAGGACCAGAAUGGUUUCAUAUCUGCUGCUGAGCUUCGCCAUGUCAUGACAAAUCUCGGUGAGAAGCUUACAGAUGAGGAAGUUGAUGAGAUGAUCCGUGAAGCUGAUGUUGAUGGUGAUGGGCAGAUCAACUAUGAGGAAUUCGUCAAAGUCAUGAUGGCCAAGUAAGGAUAAAAAAUGGGUAAAAAGGGGAACAGGGCAGAUAAGUUUGCUAAGACCUCUAUUUAUAUCAAUAGGGCAUCUAUGUUUUUAUGUUACUACCUUUUGUUGGAUUGUUGACUGUUUCUUUGUAUGCAUUAUUUCGUGGACUAGACCCUAAUAUCUACCUGUUUGCUCUGUUUUUUGUUCAUUAGUCUGGGAUGUUAGUGUCUUAUUUAUCUUUCUCAAUUUGGUGUUUUCUUUCUAUUCUUGUUGCCAUGGAACCUAAAACAAUUUGGAAAGAUUCUAUGUUUUGCUUA